UGACCUUUGGCGCUGAAGCAUGGUCUGAGUUCUGAGUGCCGGUAGGAGCAGUGGUCAAUUUCAUUAGGCGUUAUUCUAAUCAGUGCAGUGCCGUAUCAUUGAGGCGACCACCGCCUCGAGUACCUCCACGAUGUCGCGGUCAUCUAGUUCCGUUCAAUUGCGGGGCCCUUGAUGACCAUUAAGUUGCACGUAAUCUCCUCCUAGAAAGGGCCAGAUUCUCGCACGGUGGUUAUCAAGGACCCACUCCUCUUCAUUCGCCCGGGAGUCCAUUCUUGCUAUGUUGGAUGUCACGGGUGGAUUUGUCGCACUUCUCGCUGCCAUUACAAUUGGUUAUGUGUUCACACAUCACUUUGCCAAACCGAGGUUGCCUCCUGGUGUUCAAUUGCCCCCAGGUCCAACUUCACUCCCGGUUUUGGGGAAUGCACUGGCAAUCGACGUGAGUGCCCCUUGGGUUACUUACACGGCAUGGGGCAGUCAAUACGGUGACAUGGUUUUGACCCGGCUGUUUGGCCAUGAUAACAUUGUUGUCAACUCUGAGGAAAUUGCAAGAGAUCUCCUCGAACGUCGAUCACAGAACUACUCUGAUCGACCGGAGAUAGUAUCCAAUGAACUAUUUGGGCUUGACUACAAUACUGCUCUCAUGCGAUACAGUAACAGAUGGCGGCUUCAGCGGAAAAUUUUCCACCAGUCCUUCCGUCAAGAUGUGGCCCACAAUUUUCGACCUAUGCAUGUCGCAAAAACCCACGAACUUUUAUUGAACCUCCUGGAGAAUCCUUUGGACUUCGCAAAACACCUUGAAGUGUAUUCAGGUUCGGUUAUUAUGUCUGCUGUAUACUCAUAUGACGCGGCACGCCGUGAUGACCACAUGCUUGAGCGUAUAACGAAGGGUCUGCAUUUUAUGCGGAAGGAGAUGACACCAGGGAUAACUAUGGUUUUCAGUGCUUUCCCAUCCUUGCUCCGCCUCCCGUCUUGGCUGCCUGGAAUGCACGUCAAGAGAGUGGCGCCUUUUGCCAAGGAAUUGGUGCUAGAUAUCUUAGAAACUCCGUUUGCGCACACGGAGCGCGGCAUGGCAACAGGAUCCGUUUCUUCAUGCAUGGUUUCCGAACAACUGCUGGCGCUCGAUGAAAACGAUGUUGAUGCAGCCUGGCAGAAGAAAGCCAUAAAGGAAUCUGCAGGAACUGCUUUUGGUGGUGAAUAUAUAUCAUUCAAUACAGCCACCGUGUUGAUGAACUUCAUCCUUGCCAUGAUUCUCUACCCACAUAUACAAGAGAGAGCGCACGAUCUCAUUGAAAUUGUGGUUGGCUCGAACAGAUUUCCAACGUUCGAGGAUCGCGCGUCAUUGCCCUACGUUGACGCCAUUUUACGCGAGUGCAUGCGGUGGCGCCCAGUCUUCCCUUUCGCAAUCAUGCAUGCUGCUGUCGAAAGUGACGUUUACAAAGGUGCUACGAUCACCCCGAAUGUUUGGGCGAUGUGCCACAACGAAGAGAAAUACCGAAAUGCGUCUGAAUUCAACCCUGACCGUUUCCUGAACCCAGACGGUACUCUGACAGACGAUACCGUAAGCAUCGUGUGGGGAUUCGGACGGCGGAUUUGCCCUGGUCAAUAUCUUGCUGAAGCUUCAUUAUGGUCCUCAAUGGCCUGCUUGCUUGCGGUUUUCAAAUUUUUGAAGGCUAAAGAUGAAACUGGCGCGGAGAUCGAGCUCAAGCCACAGUGGUCGGGAAGCCUAACUGUGCGACCCUUGCCAUUCUCUUGCAGUAUCACUCCGCGGAAUGAAGAAAUGGAUAUCACGACCUUGCAGCGUUUGAUUGGGGCUUCUGUUUGA